AUGCAUACAUUCGUUGAUGCAAGUGAGAACGGCUUUGCUGCGGCGGUAUAUUUACGAUUCGAGAAUGGCGAUACUGUUGAAUGUUCGCUAGUAAGUGCCAAAACAAGAGUUUCUCCACUCAAAUUUUUAUCGAUUCCUCGAUCCGAAUUGCAAGCGGCAGUUAUAGGCGUGCGGCUUGCAGAUACUAUUUCAAAAUCGCUCUCAAUCCACGUUACGCAGCGGACGUUCUGGACAGAUUCCAAAGACGUACUCUGUUGGCUCCGUUCGGAUCACAGACGAUACACUCAGUUCGUUGCAUUUCGGGUCAGCGAGAUACUCGAAACGACAGAGAUAUUCGAGUGGCGAUGGGUUCCGACAAAACACAACGUAGCUGAUGAAGGAACGAAGUGGAAGCGAGCGCCUAACUUGGCUAGUAACAGUCGCUGGUUCCGUGGACCGGAGUUCCUUUUGCUCAAAAAAGAAAACUGGCCUGAGAAUCCAUUUCCUGGAAGAACCACCAAUGAGGAGCUUCGACCGCAUCUCCUCGUUCAUACUCGACCCAGGGGUUCGCCAAUUUGUCCCCAGAAUUAUUCCAAAUGGAUCAUUCUUCUACGCGUAACGGCCUAUGUGAUGCGCUACAUUCGCAACCUAAAGCUUAGUUGCUACGGAAAACAACGAGUACUCGGGCCACUGCAACGGCAAGACUUUAUAGACGCGGAAAACCAUCUGUUUCGCUGUGCUCAGUCCGCCGUUUUCGCAGAGGAAAUAGCUAUCUUCGAGAAGAACCGUUUGCUGAAGAGUUCAGCUAAAAGCAUUCCCAGAUCUAGCCUGCUCUACCAGUGGUGUGCCUUUCUGGAUGAGAAUGAUGUUCUUAGAGUCAAAGGCCGAACGAAGGCCUGUGCGUUCGUCGAUCGAGAUGCAUUUGAACCGGUGAUACUUCCCCGCGACCAUCCUGUAACCCGCCUCGUCAUCUCCGCCAUACAUGAGCGAUUCAACCAUCAGAAUCACGAGACAGCGAUGAACGAAAUACUCCAACGCUACCGUAUUCCUCAUCUGAAGACAACAUACCGAAAAAUGCGGAAAGACUGCCAACAGUGUAAGAUCCUUCUCGCAAAACCACAACCUCCAGAAAUGGGCAAUCUUCCUCCUGCUCGUCUAGCUGCCUUCGCUCGUCCAUUCACUCACACGGGUGUGGACUAUUUCGGUCCAAUAUUGGUGUCGAUUGGAAGACGAACCGAGAAACGGUGGGGGGUUCUCGCCACCUGCUUAACCACUCGUGCCAUUCACCUGCAGAUCGCUCAUACACUGACUACUGAUUCCUGCAUAAUGGCCAUUCGCAACAUCAUGGCUAGGAGGGGUAUUCCGGCGGCGAUCUACAGCGACCGUGGAACUAAUUUCCGAGCUGCAAGCAAAGAGUUGCAGAGUGCAAUAGAAAACCUUGAUCACGAUGCACUAUUGGAGGAGUUCACCUCGAGUCACACCGAGUGGUUUUUCAACCCUCCUGUCACGCCCCACAUGGGUGGAGCGUGGGAGCGUCUGAUCCGGAGUGUCAAGCAGAACCUUGGUCGAUUAAAGUCUAGCAGGCUGUUGACACACGAAGUACUGGAAAACGCAUUGCUGGAAAUCGAAAAUAUUAUCAAUUCUCGUCCUCUGACCAACAUUCCAAUUGAUGGCGACGAUUCGCCGGUGUUGACGCCCAACCACUUCCUAGUGGGGUCAGCUAAUGGCCUGAGAUCUUGGGUUCCUCUGAAUGACAGCCCUGUCUUGCUUAGGAACAGCUGGAAGCAAUCACAAUUUCUAGCGGACUUAUUCUGGAAGCAGUGGGUUCGCGACUAUCUGCCUACGAUAACUCGUAGGACCAAAUGGCUCACACCAGUAAAACCGAUUACAGUUGGAGAUGUGGUAAUCAUCGUUGAUCCAAAGUUUCCUCGAAAUUGCUGGCCGAAAGGCCGAGUGAUUGCUACGUGUCAGGCCCCAGACGGUCAGGUAAGAUGGGCCACUGUGCAGACUGCUUCAGGUGGCAUCUACGAGCGGCCUGCGGUGUCCUUAGCAGUAGUCGACGUAGGCGCUGAGACGAACACGCUUCAGAAGUAG